GGAUUAUAACGGUUUAAUAGCGGUACGAUAAAGGUCAAUAUAUAUUACGGUAUCUGGUCACUACACGACUACAUGUAUUAUAGGCCAGUAUUUGUCAGGUCUCGUAGCUAACCCGUGUGUGAACCUCUUAGCUGUUCUUGAUAACGUCCAUGUUAUUAUACAUAUUCAUGUAAAAUGAAUAAGAUGUCAAUCAAAAAUCCUGCUUUAAGGAAAAUGCACCAAUACAUUUCUGAAAUGCUGUAGCCUAUAUAACUAGUCAAGCUUAUACACCAUAUACAUGUCGUUGCAUAACAGAAUGUCACGUGGUACAGUAAAUCUGCACAUUCUCUUUAGUUCAGGACAAAAGUCGACAUCAACAUGGACUCUACAGAUCCUCUUGUGUUUUUCGUCAACGGUAAAAAGGUUCAAAUUAUGUUUCCGGAUCCGGAAACGACACUUUUGCAGUACCUGCGCAGAUCCUUAUAUCUAACAGGCACCAAACUGGCAUGUGGACAAGGAGCGUGCGGGGCCUGUACUGUCAUGGUUUCUUACAUUAACAUCACAACAAAGAAAAUAAGGAACGUAUCCGUGAACGCUUGUCUGGUACCAAUAUGCUACCUUCAUGGAAUGGCUGUCACCACAGUAGAAGGUAUCGGUAGUACUCGUAAAGGACUUCAUCCAAUCCAGAAAAGUCUUGUGGAGUCUCAUGGCCUCCAGUGUGGGUUCUGCACUCCAGGGAUGGUGAUGACGAUGUAUACAUUAUUCAGAAAUAACCCGGAACCCACUCAAGAUCAGAUGGAGAGGGUUCUUGAAGGAAAUCUGUGUCGAUGUACAGGAUAUAGACCUAUUGUGGAUGCUUUUCGGACUGCUAAAGAGAACUGUCCCUGUGGAAUGGGAUUUUGUCUUGAGAAAUCGGACAAGGCAGUCACUGCAGAACGAAACGAAAAAUUAAAUGAGAGCCCGGAAAACGUGACAACCCAAGACGUCAUAUUCCCUCCGGAAUUACAGUUAAAUGCAGCAUACCACAAUACAUUUUUGACGUUUAAGAGUGACAACUACACUUGGUAUCGACCAACUACAGUUGAGGAAGCUCUCGACCUCCUGAAAAAGUUCCCAAACGCUCCGUUAGUUCUAGGAUGUAAUACAGUUGGUUACCUCUUGCGCCAAAGGGAGAUUACCCCCAGAGUCAUCAUAUGCUGUACUCAUGUACCGGAACUCCAAGUCAUGCAAGUCAGCUCUUCGGAAAUAAAGAUAGGUGCCGGUGUAACCAUGGCACAACUCGAGUCCGAACUUACCGCAUUAACGUCUAAUAGGACCGCAUUGGCAAUGAUAGACGUUUUACGAUGGAUUGGCGUAGAUCAGAUCAGGAAUACCGCUACGCUUGGUGGUCACGUGAUGAGCCAAACAUCAAACCUAGACAUGAAAACUUUCUUCAUGGCAGCUGGGGCCUCGCUCGAGUUUAGAAAGAUGGAUGGAGGUGUUCGGAUGAUCCAGAUGGACAGUGACUUCAUACAAAAUGCAAUGAAAGGGGAUUUUCGGAAUCAACUACUGGUUUCUAUUCGGGUUCCUUUGUUGUCAGAUGACGCAUAUAUUUUGGGAGUAAAGCAGCCGAAUCGUCGUGGCUUCGACUAUGGAAUUGUCACCACGGGUAUGUACGUACAGUUUCAAAAGGGUACAACAGUGAUAGAAAAUAUGAGGUUAGCAUUUGGUGGCACAGACAACAAGCCAGUACUAGCAACAAGGUCGACAGCUUUGGCAAUCAAGAGAACUUGGAACGAGGACAUGUUGGAGAAAGUCAGUGACAGUCUGACAAGAGAGCUCCAGAGCACAGCAUAUACCAACGGAUCUUUCCGAAUAACACUAGCAUGCAGUUUCUUCCUAAAAUUCUUCAUGAAGAUAAAAACUAAACUAGAGACAGGUUCCUAUGAUAUUUCCACUGGGUUUCCAUACAUGCCCACUUCCGGUGUACAGAUUUACGAUGUCCCAGACGAGAGCGGUGCACAAGUCGUUUGGAAACCUAUUCCUAACGUAACAUCAGAAUACAUCACUGCCGGCGAAGCGCAAUUCGUGGACGACAUCCCAAGUGCAACAAACGAGUUGUUUACUGGAGUGGUAACAAGUACGCAUGCCCAUGCAAAGAUAACUUCUGUGGACGUGUCGGCAGCAUUGGCAAUGGAUGGGGUGGUCGAAUACGUAGACUACAGGGAUGUCCCUUUUCACAACAAAUACGGAAUUAUAGUGCCUGAUGAUACACUAUUUUGUGAGGAUGAGGUAUUUUACUACGGGCAGGUGAUCUGUGGCAUACUAGCAGUGACCAGAGAAGUUGCGAAUCGUGCUGUAAAACUGGUCAAAGUGACAUACGAACCUUUAGAAGCAAUCACUUCAUUGAAGGAUGCCAUCGAAAAGGAAAAUUUCAUUGGAGAUCCGUACAAUGUGGAGAGUGGAAGCAUGGAGAAGGCCCAGAAAGAAGCAGACUUUGUUGUGGAGGGGGAAUGUGAGACUGGGGCACAGGAACAUAUGUAUAUGGAACCACAGUCCACCCUGGUCGUACCAAGGAAGGAGCAAAAUGAGAUCGACAUAGUCACCGCCACACAAGGUGUUACACAAAUACAGGAAGAGGUGGCCAAUUUUUUGGGAUUAGACAGCAGUCGGAUUUCAUCGAGACUAAGACGUGCAGGUGGUGCAUUUGGUGGGAAAUCUUCGACUUCAGUAGCUGUUGCAGGUAUUGCAGCGAUCGGAGCAUGGAAAACUAACCGACCAGUAAGAUGUAUUUUUGAUAGAGAGGUUGAUGUAAAGUCAACAGGCAAGCGUCAUCCGUUGAAUGCUAAAUUCAAGGUCUUUUACAAGAAGGAUGGACGGAUUGUAGGCGUUGAUGUGAAGUUCUACUUCGGUGCAGGUUACUCCACGGAUCUUAGCCCGUUUGUUAUGCAAAGUGGUAUGUUCCUGACGCAAGGAUGUUAUGAUUUUAACAACAUAAAGGCUGAAGGCAGGCUAUGUCGUACUAACCUGCCGUCUAAUACCGCAUUCCGAGGAUUUGGAGCUCCCCAGGUUUUGUUCGUAGUCGAGGCUAUGAUACAAAAGGUGGCCUUCAACCUCAACAUACCGGCUGAACAAGUGCGGACCGCAAAUAUCUUUCGAAAAGGUGGUGUGACACCAUUCAAUAUGCCGAUCAACGACGACAACUUGUACCGUUGUUGGGAGGAGUGUAAACAGGACAGCGAAUUCCACAAAAGAGUAGAAAAUAUCCGGAAACUGAACAGUGAAAAUCGAUGGAAGAAGAGGGGGAUUUCUAUAGUUCCUGCCAUGCUUUCAAUUGGUUAUCCACCUUUGUUCCUAAAUCAGGCAGGAGCUUUGGUACAAGUUUACAAGGAUGGAUCUGUGCUUUUGGCUCAUUCCGGUGCGGAACUUGGACAGGGAAUCCACACAAAAAUGAUUCAGAUUGCGGCAACUGUAUUAGAAAUUCCACACGAGAAGAUUAUAAUCAGUGAGACUAAUACCUCUACGGUACCCAACACUUUUGAAACCAGCGGAAGCACUGGAACCGACUUAAACGCCGGAGCGGUGCUAGACGCAUGCAGAAAAAUAAAGGAAAGAUUGGCUCCAAUGAAAGAGAAAAAUCCUGACGGUGGAUGGAACGCAUGGGUUACUGCUGCCUACUUUUCGAGAGUUAGUCUUUCUGCCACAGGAUUUUAUAAACUACGUACAGAAGGAUACGACUUUGAAAAGCGCACUGGAGUUCACGCUCACUACUUCACCUACGGAAGCGCCUGUACUGAAGUAGAGAUUGAUGUUUUAACAGGAGAUCACCAGUUGGUAAGAACAGAUAUUGUACUGGACGUUGGGAAGAGUUUAAAUCCAGCCAUAGACGUCGGGCAGAUUGAGGGAGGAUUCAUUCAGGGAUCUGGAAUGAUGACCACAGAGGAACUUAAAGUUGACUCCAACGGUGAAAUCGCAGCAACAGGACCUGUUGACUACAAAAUCCCGGGUAUAAGGAGCAUCCCUAAAGAGAUGAAUGUCAAACUAUUAAAGGACAGUGAAGGGCCAAAGACUGUCUAUUCAGCCAAGGGCAUAGGGGAACCACCGUUACUAUUAGCAACAUCAGUGUUUUAUGCGAUCAAAGAAGCGGUACUAGCAGCGAGGGCAGAGGAAAACCUCACCAAUGACUGUUUCUUUGAUUGUCCCGCAACAGUAGAAAGAAUCCGAAUGGCAUGUGAAGACAAAAUAACUCAAAAGGGCAAGUAGAUGAAUCUACCGACGUCGCUCAAGAAGCUGUUUUCGUGAUGAAGAAGUUUCGCUCAUAUCACAUUUGUUAUAAGAUCAAAGAGUAUUUAUAAUUGAUUGAAAUCCAGAGUAGGCAAUAUCUUACACAAUAUCAAAAGCUACAUAGGUUACGCUAUUACCACCCCCAAAAGUAACAUGGUUAUAUUACAACCACCCUCCGAACCGAAUAAUACAUUUACAGUAUUACUACCUCCAAAAGUAGCAUAGGUUACCCCCCCCCCCCCCCCCCC